AUGGUGGAAGAUAUUAUGGAAUCGUUCAUAUAUUCCAGUUUUCAUUCUGAUAUUCAUUUGUUUUGUUUUCAACACUGCCUAUAUAAAUCGAGACAAAUACGAUGGAAAACGAAUUUAUCAAGAAAACUUCUUCAACUUGACUUUCUUCAAAAACAAACAAAACGCGCCAUGUGGAUUGAUUACUGCCAAAUUCGGGUUCCACUGGAGUGA